AUGCAGCAUCAAGUGAAUCAAAGUACUGGAGUCUUAUUUGUCUUCGUGGGAUUCUCAGACUUUCCAAACUUACAAGUGCCUUUAUUCCUGAUCUUUUUGAUCAUAUACACCAUCACUGUUCUGGAAAAUCUAGGUAUGAUUUUGGUCAUCAGAAUCAAUGCUAAACUCCAUACUCCUAUGUAUUUUUUCCUCAGUCAUUUAUCCUUUGUUGAUCUUUGUUACACCACUGUGAUUGCACCAAAACUGUUAGACCUUCUGAUAACAGAUGACAGAUCUAUGUCCCUCAAAGGAUGCAUAAUCCAGUUUUACUUUGGCUGUGCUUGUGUGGUUACCCAAACCUUCAUGUUAGCAGUAAUGGCCUAUGAUCGCUUUGUGGCCAUUUGUAACCCUCUACUCUACACAGUGGCUAUGUCUCAUAGGCUCUGUGCUCUCCUAGUAACUGGAACUUACCUAUGGGGUGGGCUCUGUGCCACCACACUAACAUAUUUUCUUUUGGCAUUAUCUUACUGUAGAUCUACCAUUGUUAACCACUUUUGUUGUGAGUACUCUGCCAUAAUUUCUGCAGCCUGUUCUGAUUCUUCUUUCAGCCAGAUAGCAUGCUUGUUAAUUUGUAUGUUCAAUGAGAUUUGUAGCCUCCUUAUCAUCAUUGUCUCCUAUGUUGUCAUAUUUGCCACUGUCAUCAAGAUUCCUACUAAAGGAGCACUACAAAAAGCCUUGUCCACCUGUGCCCCACACCUGACUGCUAUCUCUUUCUGCCAUGGCAUUAUUCUUCUUCUAUACUGUGUGCUCAAGUCAAAGAGCUCACUACUUCUUGUUAAGAUAGUCACUGUGUUUUAUAGCAUGGUCGUCCCUAUGCUUAAUCCUCUUAUUUACAGUCUAAGAAAUAAGGAUGUAAAAGAGACUGUGAAGAAGUUAAUCUACAUAAAAAUCAUUUCUCAGUCAUUAUAG